AUGUGCCCUGAGCAAUCCUGUCCGGGCUGGGGUUCCACUUUCUGUCCGGACUGGCUCCCGGCCGAUUUGCGAAAAUCCAAAUUUUUUGUCCGGAUCGGGAACAGACCGUUUCUGCUAUUGACCGGGGUCCUCCCACCUUGUGAGCGGAGUUUAUUUAUUAUCUUGCAACUGGCCCCCCUGGCUUAUCCGUGUCGUCAGUGUCACACUGCUUUGGCAAGAGGGCGACUUGAGCGUGCAUUUGCGCCCAUGGGCUUCGUUUCAAACAUACUUGGAUCUUGUUUCGAGCCCAAGGCAUGA